AUGAGCAUUACCCGUUCCCCAUACUGGACCUCAGUCCAUCGAGCACCCGCGAGAUUACCUCCCUGCCCGCUCGCCCCGCCAAACCCAUCACCUCUCACCCAGACCUCGACCUCCUCUCCUUUGAACCCUACAUCCCGCCCGCCCUCGCCAAGGAGCUCUUCACCCACCUCCGCACCAAUCUCCCCUUCUACCGCGUCAAGUACAAAAUCACCCGCGGCGGCGGUCCAGACCGACGUGAACACGCCGCGCUACACAACCGUCUUCGGCCUCGACGCCACGGCCCUCUUCAACGCCGCCGGCCGCCCCGUCGACGCCUCGUCCCGCGUCCCCAUCGGCCCCGACAGGCGCUACGACCGCAUCCCACCGCGCCCGCUGCCCGCGUGCCUCGACGCCCUGCGCCGCUCCGCCGAGGCCGCCACGGGCUGCGCCUUCAACGUCUGCCUCGUAAACUACUACGCCACCGGCGCCGACAGCAUCGCCUUCCACAGCGACGACGAGCGCUUCCUCGGCCCCGCCCCCGCCAUCGCCUCCUUCUCGCUCGGCGCGCGCCGCGACUUCCUGCUCAAGCACAAGCCGUGCCCGCCGCGCGGCGACGCGCCGUCGCCGCGGCCUGCGCUGGGGACGCUGAGGUUUCCGCUCGGCUCGGGGGACAUGCUCCUCAUGCGCGGCGCGACGCAGGCGAACUGGCUGCACUCUGUGCCGAAGCGGAGCGGCAGGCAUGCCGAGGACGGCGGGCGUAUCAACAUCACGUUUCGGCGGGCUGUCGUCAAGGGCGGCACGGAGAAUUAUUACAACUACAAUGUAGGCACGGGUCCUGUGUACCGAUGGGACGACGUCGCCAGGGAGAUGAGGGUAUCAAGUUGA